AAUUUUUUAAAAUUAUUAUUAAAAAUACAAGAAUAUAAUUGUAUAAAAAUGGAAGAAACUGAAUUAAAAUUAAAAGAUGAAAAAAUUUUAGAUUCAAAUGAAUUAGUUAAUAAUAAUACAUUUAAUAAUAAUAAUAUAGUGCCAUCAAUGGAUUGUGAUACAAUAAUAGAAAAAAUUCCAACAAUAGAUGUAUCAGAUGAACAAUGUUCAUCAUUAAUUAAAGCAACUAUGGAUAAAACAACAAUAAUACCAAAAGAAUUAUUAAUUAAAAAUGAAACAACAAAUAAUAUAAAAAUGAUAACAGAUAAUACAAUUAAAACAACAACAACAACAACAACAACAAAUAUAAAUUCACCAUUAACUGAUGAUGAAAUGACAACAAAUACCAUAACAACAGCUACAACUACAACAACAAAUAAUACUGAUAAUACAAUGGUAUCAGUUAAAAUUAAUGAAGCAUCACCACCAUUACAAUUAACAUCAUCAAUAUCACCGAUUACUAAUGAAAUAGAAAUAACAGAAAAUAAAUCAAUAAUAUCAUCAAACCAAAUAGUAACAACCCUACCAUCAUCAACAACAACAACAACAGAAGAAAAUUUAAUAAAUCAUGAAAAUUUAAUACAAACAAAUAAUAAUAAUGAUAAAAUGAAUACAAUAGCAAUUGUAACAUCAAAAGAUGUUGAUGAUAUUGCUAGAUUAUUUGAAGAGAAACCGGAAGCAUUUGAAAAAUGGUUAACAGAACGUGCACAACCUGAUGUUGUAUCAAAAUUACAUAAAUUUAUUGAAAGUCGAAGUUUAUUAUUACCACAAAAGAGUCCAAAACGAACUUCUGUUAGCUCAGAAUUAUUUCAACAAUGGAUGGCAUCAUCACCUGUACAGAAUUUACAUCGAAAAUCAAUAGACGAAGCAAGUCUGAAGAAACUUUUACUUUAUGAAAAUGAACAGAGUAAAAAUGUAGUGUCGAAUUGUCGUCAAAAUCCAAUUUCACGUCGUAAUAUAAUUGAAAGCCGAAGGCAAUUACAAGAUUUAGAUCAAGGUGAAUUAUUUAUGGAAUUGAUACGUGAUGUUGCCAAUGAAUUGGAUAUUGAUGUAUUAUGUCAUAAGAUUUUAGUUAAUGUUGGCCUAUUAACACAUGCAGAUCGUGGUAGUUUAUUUUUAGCAAAAGGAUCACCAACAAAUCGAUAUUUAGUAGCAAAAUUAUUUGAUGUAACACAAUCUACAGCACUUAGUGAAGCAGUUAAAAAAGCACGAACCGAAGAAAUUAUAAUUCCCUUUGGUGUUGGUAUUGCUGGUACAGUUGCAGAAACCAAAGAAAUGAUUAAUAUAAAAGAAGCAUAUAAAGAUGCUAGAUUUAAUUGUGAAAUAGAUUUGAAAACUGGUUAUAAAACUCAUGCUAUAUUAUGUAUGCCAAUUUGUAAUUAUGAAGGUGAUGUUAUUGGUGUAGCACAAAUUAUUAAUAAAACUAAUGGCUCAACAGAAUUCAAUGACCAUGAUGUUGAAAUUUUCCGAAGAUAUUUAACAUUCUGUGGUAUUGGAAUACAAAAUGCUCAAUUAUUUGAAAUGUCCGUACAGGAAUAUCGUCGUAAUCAAAUUUUAUUAAAUUUAGCUCGAAGUAUUUUCGAAGAACAAAAUAAUUUAGAAUGUUUAGUUACAAAAAUAAUGACGGAAGCUAGAGAAUUAUUAAAAUGUGAAAGAUGUGCUGUGUUUUUAGUAGAUUUGGAUUGUUGUGAAGCGAGUCAUUUAGAGAAAAUUAUUGAAAAGCCUAGUAAUCAAGGAGCUCUAACGAGGAGACCAAGUAAAAAUGUUAAAGUUGAAGAAAUAAUUGAAAAUCAGAAAAAGACCAGAGCACGUUUUACUGUAUUAUUUGAAUUGGGUAGAGAAAAUCAGGCAGCAAAUGUAUCACGACCAUCUGUUGAUGAUUUAAAUAAUUCUACAUUAGCUCAAAUAGCACAAUGUGUUGCAUCAACUGGACAAACAUUAAAUAUUGCAGAUGUUAGAGAAUGGGUACGUGAACAUAAUCAAAUACAGAGUGAUUGUGAAAUUGAUAGUACAAAAGCAAUACUAUGUAUGCCAAUUGUUAAUGCAAAGAAAAUUGUUGUCGGUGUAGCACAACUAAUUAAUAAGGGCAAUGGAUUACCAUUUACUGAUUCAGAUGUUUCAAUUUUUGAAGCUUUUGCAAUAUUUUGUGGUCUUGGUAUACAUAAUACUCAAAUGUAUGAAAAUGCGUGUAAGUUAAUGGCAAAACAAAAAGUUGCAUUAGAAUGUUUAUCAUAUCAUGCAACAGCAACACCUGAACAAACAUCAAAAUUAGUUUCGGAUACAAUAAGAUCAGCUGAAGUGUAUAAUUUAUAUAGUUUUAAGUUUAUCGAUUUUGAUCUCAAUGAAGAUGAUACAUGUAGAGCUGCAAUAAGAAUGUUCCUUCAAUGCAAUUUAGUUCAACAAUUUCACAUACCUUAUGACGUAUUAUGCCGUUGGGUAUUGAGUGUACGAAAAAAUUAUCGUCCCGUAAAAUAUCAUAAUUGGCGUCAUGCAUUAAAUGUUGCUCAAACAAUGUUUGCAAUGAUGAAAACUGGAAAAAUGGAACGUUUUAUGACAGAUUUAGAAAUUUUAGGUUUAUUAGUUGCAUGUUUCUGUCAUGAUUUAGAUCAUCGUGGUACAAAUAAUGCAUUUCAAACAAAAACUGAAAGUCCUCUAGCAAUAUUAUAUACAACAUCAACAAUGGAACAUCAUCAUUUCGAUCAAUGUGUUAUGAUAUUAAAUUCCGAAGGAAAUAAUAUAUUUCAGGCACUAUCACCAGAAGAUUAUAAGAGGGUCAUGAAUGUUGUAGAAAAAGCAAUAUUAUCAACUGAUUUGGCAAUGUAUUUUAAGAAACGUAAUGCAUUCCUCGAAUUAGUAGAAAAUGGUGAAUUUGAUUGGCAAAGUCAAGAGAAAAAAGAAUUAUUAUGUGGAAUGAUGAUGACAGCAUGCGAUGUUAGCGCUAUCGCAAAACCAUGGGAAGUUCAACAUCGUGUUGCUAAAAUGGUUGCUGAUGAAUUUUUUGAUCAGGGUGAUUUAGAAAAAUUACAAUUAAAUACACAACCAGUUGCUAUGAUGGACAGAGAACGUAAGGAUGAAUUACCAAAAAUGCAAGUUGGUUUUAUUGAUUUAAUCUGUUUACCAUUAUAUCGUGUUCUUUGUGAUACAUUCCCUUGGAUGAAACCAUUAUAUGAAGGUACAUUAGAAAAUCGUAGUAAUUGGCAAGAUUUAGCUGAAAAAGUUGAAAUGGGUUUAACAUGGAUCGAUGAUGAUACAAUUGAUAGACCUGUUGAAGAGUUUUCUGCAUGCAAAGAAGAAGAGAUAAAGGAUAUUGAAUUUACAUCAGUAACAUUAAAUUGUCAACAUAGUCAAGAUGGUGAUCCACCAACACCAGAACAUCAUCGUUCUCGUUUUAGUAGUAUUAAAAAGACAACAGCACUUGGUAAGGCAGUACGAUCAAAAUUAUCAAAAUCAUUGCAUAGUACAAGUAUGCAAGAAUCAUAUACAACAACAAAUAAUAGUAAUACUGGUAUAGUUGGUGGUGCUGGUAAUAGUAGUUCAACAUCAUCUACAAUUACAGCUGGUAAUAAAAGGGUUUUAAAAACACCAGAUAAUGAAACAAAAUCAUUUGAAUGUGAUGAAAUAAUUGGUAGUGGCGGUGGCGUCGGCGGUAUUAGUGGUGGUGGAACACAACAAUCAGCAGCAACAACAACUUCAAGUGGUAAAAAUUCUUCAAGUGAACCGAAAUCAGAAAAAGUUAAAAAGAAAUCAAAAUUCUUUUCACUUUUGUGACAUAAAUCACAGGAUAAAAUUUUGAAUUAAGGAUAAUAAUAAUAAUAAUAUAAUAAAGACAAAAUAAAGACAAAAAAAAACAAAAUAUAGAAAAAAAUAAAAGAAAUGUAUACCAAGGAUUCUUUAUUUUUGUUUUUUUUUUUGUGUUUUUAUUUAUUAAGCUUUCCCUUUAGUAUUUUUUUUUAUUCAUAUUUUCAUAUUUCUUGUUUUUUUUUUGUUGUUUUUAUUUUUUUUUAUGAAAUAUUAGUAUUUUAUUUUUUAUUUUUCUUUUUUGGGUCUGGUAUAGAAUUUUAUCCCUAUUUCGGGAGAAAAUCUUUUAAAAAAUUAUAUUAUGCUUGUGAAUAUAUUUUAUUACAAAUAUGUUAAAUGUACAUACAAACAUAUUAUAUAGUAAUAUAUCUAAAAACAUA